ACUGAACCGGUCUCUUCUAACUCGUGGCACAGCCGUGAAAAAGCCAAGCCAGCCCUAACAUCUCAGCUUAGCCCAAGUUGAUAAAAAACAAACAAAUCAGAAUGCCUAAAGAAAAAACUCACAUUAACAUUGUUGUCAUCGGUCAUGUAGAUUCUGGAAAGUCAACCACCACUGGACAUCUUAUUUACAAAUGUGGUGGAAUUGAUAAAAGAACCAUUGAGAAAUUUGAAAAAGAAGCACAAGAAAUUGGAAAAGGUUCUUUCAAAUAUGCCUGGGUAUUGGACAAGCUGAAGGCUGAGCGUGAACGUGGCAUUACUAUUGACAUUGCAUUAUGGAAAUUUGAAACUGACAAAUUUAUGAUUACUGUUAUUGAUGCCCCAGGUCAUCGUGAUUUCAUCAAAAACAUGAUUACGGGAACCUCUCAGGCUGAUUGUGCUGUGCUGAUCGUUGCUGCUGGGGUGGGAGAAUUUGAAGCCGGUAUCUCCAAAAAUGGCCAAACUCGUGAACAUGCUUUGUUGGCUUUCACCUUGGGAGUAAAGCAACUGAUUGUUGGUAUCAACAAGAUGGAUAAUACUGAACCACCAUACAGCGAGUCUCGGUUCAAUGAAAUUGUGAAGGAAGUGUCCGCAUAUGUGAAGAAAGUAGGAUACAACCCAAAGAAUGUUGCCUUUGUACCAAUCUCGGGUUGGCAUGGAGACAACAUGUUGGAACAAUCUGCAAAUAUGAAAUGGUACACUGGAUGGAGCAUGGAACGCAAAGAAGGAAACGCCAAGGGUAUAACUUUGAAAGAGGCUAUGGACGCUAUCUUGCCACCCAAACGUCCAAGUGACAAACCUCUUCGUCUACCACUGCAGGAUGUCUACAAAAUUGGAGGUAUUGGAACUGUGCCAGUAGGAAGAGUAGAGACUGGUAUUAUGAAACCUGGCAUGAUUGUUACUAUUGCCCCAGCUAUGAUCACUACUGAAGUAAAAUCUGUUGAGAUGCAUCAUACAGCCCUAACUGAAGCCUUGCCUGGUGACAAUGUUGGCUUUAAUGUCAAGAACGUCUCUGUGAAAGAAAUUCGCCGUGGUAAUGUUGCUGGUGACAGCAAAAAUGAUGCCCCUAAAGGAGCCAAAUCCUUCAAUGCACAGGUCAUUGUGUUGAACCAUCCAGGACAAAUUGCAAAUGGAUACAGUCCAGUCUUGGAUUGCCACACUGCUCACAUUGCGUGCAAGUUUGCUGAACUGAAAGAAAAGUGUGAUCGCCGUACUGGCAAAAAAAUUGAAGACAACCCCAAGUUUCCCUUGGGGCGUUUUGCUGUGCGUGAUAUGAAACAGACCGUUGCUGUUGGUGUUAUCAAGAGCGUUGAGAAAGCAGAUGCUUCUGGCAAAAUGACCAAGUCUGCCCAGAAAGCUACCAAGAAGAAGUGAUGGCUGCCCCCCGCGCUCGCCAUGUCUGGUGCCGCAGAUGACAAAAAGAAGUGUAAACGGGACAUUGUUAAAUUAAAGAAAUGUCAUGCAGAAUUGUGCACUAGUGUUUUCAAAUACUUCAUUAGAUAUAUUUUCUUCUUUUUAGCCGCCUGGAUUUUGUCCAGUAAACAACACUGGAAACAUUUCAGACGGAAAAAACAUUUUGGUAACAAUUUACCUUGCCUAAUUUAAUGGUGGCAAACAAAACUUGAAGAAUUCUUUAUUUUAUUGUUGUAAGCGAAAAGAAUUGGCCCUCUCAUUUACCAAACCUCCUUUUUGUUAACUGUCGCAGACAGAAAUUCUACAAGAUAAAAUGCCAUCUAUUGUUUGGACACAAGCAUAAUAAAAAAUAAAAUGCAGUCUAGAAAACAUGCUUCCAGCUUAUGUGUCAUUUACUUAUAGCCUGAAUAAAUGUGGCUUAAAUUCA